AUGAUCCCCAUAUUAGCUUAUCAAUACGUGAAGAAGAGGAACGAAGCAAAUCGAAGGAAAAUGGCGGAAGAGCCUACUUCGAAUAGUGCCGGCCGAUCUGUAAUGCCUGAUGUGGUGGUGCUGCGGCUUUCUGCUGUCGGAGCAAAAAACAAUGAAGAUGAGACGUACGUUUCGGGAGUUCUUCAAGUUGUGGAGAAGGCGAGAGGUGUUUUCAUCGAAUGGACUCCAGCGGAAGACUCCCCGGUCAGUGGAUGGGUUUUGGCCGAUGGAAAUGACGAAAAUGCGUUGCUUAGCACCUCACCGCCUCAGAGAUCAUUUCGAGAAAAUGUAAACAAAUUGAAGUUCUCGAUGGAUGUCAAUGAUUUGAACAGCUUUAAACACGUUGAACCGAAGAAAGGUGAUCCAAUGAUUCGUCUCAUAGGCAGGGAUGGCUCAAGCCAAGUGCCUCUAUAUUUUCGCCAAACUUCUACAAGUGCAUUCAUUGAUUGUUUGCAAAAAUACAUCACACUACGUCGCUCAUCGAAAGAUCCCAAUCUUGUGCUUGUUGUGGAUGAAAAAGCGGACAUUUUAGCAAAAUCCGUUGUUGCUUUGGAUAAUAACAGCGACAUUUUGAGUCGUUUUAUGGGCAAUCCAUAUGCAACAGCAAUGACUGGGCUUGGAAAGAUUACGGCAUACAUGCAAGAACAAGUUAUUCCUGCGCUUCUUGAUUCGGAUGAGGUAGGAGCCGAGGAUAAAAUUCGUGCAAUGCGCGAGCUUCGCAAUGACGACGAGUUCGGCGACAGAAUUCGUGUGUAUCGGGGAGAGGAUCAAGGCGAUUUUGAAGUGGUCACACAGCUAGAACUUCCACCUCGCCCGGAAAUUUAUCGCGAAACCCCUGUAACAAAGCAAAUUUGGGACUCGUACAAGAAUCCACAUGGAUCGUUUGAUCAACGUAAUUUGCACAACCUGAAGAUGUGCGUCUUUCGUGGUGGAGUGGAGCCGGAACUCAGAAAAGAGGCUUGGAAGUAUUUACUUGGAUACAUUCGUUGGAACGAAUCGCUGGCCGAGCAUAAAUUGCGCCGCCAGGAACUAGAGAAAGAUUAUUAUCGAAUGAAGGGACAGUGGAUGAGUAUUAAUGCCGAACAAGAGUCGCGAUUCUUGAUGUUCAGCAAUCGAAAAUCGUUAGUCGAAAAGGACGUCGCUCGGACGGAUCGAACAUACAAAUACUUUGAGGGAGAGGGAAAUGCGAAUUUAACUCGUCUUCAUGAUGUGCUGAUGACUUAUUGCAUGUACAAUUUUGAUCUAGGCUACGUACAAGGAAUGUCUGAUUUCUGCUCGCCAAUCCUUUUUGUUCUUGAAGAUGAAGUUGACGCAUUUUGGUGUUUUACCAAACUAAUGGAUAUUGUGCACUCUAACUUUGCCGAGGAUCAACUCUCAAUUAAGCAGCAGUUGAAUCAGCUUCACGAUCUCGUCAUGAUUGUCAAUCCGAAACUUUGCAAUUACCUUGAAUCACAUCAGUCAGAUGACAUGUAUUUCUGUUUCCGAUGGAUUUUGGUAUGGUUCAAGAGAGAGUUUUCGUUCGAAGACACUUCAAAAUUGUGGGAGGUUCUAUGGACAAAACAACCGUGCACCAAUUUCCUCUUGUUGAUUUGCGUGGCGAUUCUGGACAAAGAGACCGAGUUCAUCAUUGCAAAUGGUUUUGGUUUGACGGAAAUACUCAAGCAUGUUAACGAGCUUUCAAUGCACAUAAAUUUGGACGAAGUUCUCUCCGCUGCUGAGGCAAUCUUCCAUCAACUUUCGGCUAGUCAGGAUAAAUUGCCCAAGUAUGUGCUUGAUCACUUGCGAUUAAGCGAACCCGACCCAUAU